UGAAUCUUCUCGAAUAUGCAUAUGAACUCUGGAAAAAAGGCAACGGAGAGGAUUUUAUUGAUCCGUCACUGCACGAUGAUGCUCAAAUAGGUAAACAACUGAGAUACUUGCAAGUUGCACUGUUGUGUGUCCAAGAAAAAUGGGAAGACCGACCAUCGAUGUUGGAGGUAUACUCCAUGCUGAAAAAUGAAACUGAAGUCUUGCCAAAUCCUAAAGUUCCUGCCUUUUCCAAGAACAAAGACAGUACCACACAAGAAACUUUAGUCACACUUGAUAUACCUUGUUCAGAUAAUAGUCUCACUAUUUCCGAACUUAUAGGUCGUUAACACUUCAGGUUUCGAAGGUUUGGAAAGUAAUUUCACCUCAGAUAUGGUUUUUUCGCCUAUGUUUCCUUACCUGAUCAUCCUGCCACACUUAGCAACAAUAACAACAACUUGUUUGAGUCUCAAGUCUCGCCUAUGAAGGAAAGUUGUUUGAGUAGUCAA